AUGGCGGUGUGUGCUCGGCUGUGUGGCGUGGGCCCUUCGCGGGGGUGUCGGCGUCGCCAGCAGCGCCGGGACCCGGCCGAGACGGCGGCGGCCGACAGCGAGCCGGACACGGACCUGGAGGAGGAGCGCAUCGAGGCGGGCGCGGCGGAGCUGUGCGGUGAGUGGGGGGGCCGGAGCUCGAGCCCGUCGCCGCCCCCGCGCUGCUCGCUGCUGGAGCUGCCUCCCGAGCUGCUGGUGGAGAUCUUCGCCUCGCUGCCCGGCACGGACCUGCCCAGCCUGGCCCAGGUCUGCACCAAGUUCUGCCGCAUCCUGCACAACGACACCAUCUGGAGGCGGCGCUGCCGGGAGGAGUAUGGUGUUUGUGAAAACUUGCGGAAGCUGGAGAUCACGGGUGUGUCUUGUCGAGAUGUCUAUGCGAAGCUGCUCCACCGAUACAGACACAUCUUGGGAUUGUGGCAGCCAGAUAUCGGGCCCUAUGGAGGACUGCUGAAUGUGGUGGUGGACGGCUUAUUUAUUAUUGGCUGGAUGUACCUGCCUCCCCAUGACCCUCAUGUGGACGACCCAAUGCGAUUCAAGCCCUUGUUUAGAAUUCACCUGAUGGAGAGGAAGUCAGCCACAGUGGAGUGCAUGUACGGCCACAGAGGGCCCCACAACGGCCACGUUCAGAUUGUGAAGAAGGACGAGUUCUCUACCAAGUGCAACCAGACGGAGCACCACAGGAUGUCUGGUGGGAGACAAGAGGAGUUCCGAACAUGGCUGAGGGAAGAAUGGGGGCGGACGCUGGAGGACAUUUUCCACGAGCACAUGCAAGAGCUCAUCCUGAUGAAGUUCAUCUACACCAGUCAGUAUGACAACUGCCUGACCUACCGCCGCAUCUACCUCCCACCCAGCCACCCAGAUGAUCUCAUCAGGCCAGGCCUCUUUAAAGGCACCUACGGCAGCCACGGCUUAGAGAUUGUCAUGCUCAGCUUCCAUGGAAGGCACGCCAGGGUCACGAAGAUUACAGGUGACCCCAACAUCCCUGCCGGGCAGCAGACAGUAGAGGUCGACCUCAUGCACCCCAUCCAGCUGCCCACUGUCGAUGACCUCUACAACUUCAACGAACUCUCGCGCAUCGUCCUGGAGGCUCAGGAGGAGGUGCACCGGGAGCAGCGGCAGCCAGAAGGCAGGACUGAGGACGGCGAGGGUUCCAGCGAGGGUUCCAGGCCACCCACUGAGGUCAGAGAGCCCGAGCCCGGGAAUGAAGGGGCCGCAGCUUUGAAGGAGGAGCCUCUCCAGUUUGUUCUGCCUGUGGGUGUGAGCUCAAGGAACGAGAACUAUCCCCGAACCUGCAGGAUAUGUUUCUAUGGCACAGGCCUCAUCGCCGGCCACGGCUUCACCAGCCCCGAGCGCACGCCUGGGGUCUUCAUCCUGUUUGACGAUGACCGCUUCGGGUUCAUCUGGCUGGAGCUGAAAUCCUUCAGCCUGUACAGCAGAGUCCAGGCCACCUUCCGGAAUGCGGACGCACCGUCCCCGCAGGCCUUCGAGGAGAUGCUCAAGAACAUUCAGUCCCUGACCUCCUGA